AAUGGAUACUAGUACCCGUGAGUCUCGAUUCAGUAAAAAGAAAAAAAAACUCGAGUUUUGAACGACUCGUUCAUGACUCGCGCAUCUGGACUUCUUCGUUGGUUGCUGUUUGCUGUGCUCACCGGACAGCUGGGACUCCGCACCAUGGUCAAAACGGCUAAAUCGGCCAUCUUAGAGGAUGACACGUUCUCUCCUCUGCCUCCGCCUCUGUCCCCGGGCCAGGCAGGAGACCCCUUUGGGAAUGAUGAAAGCGUCGGUGAAAUGUCCAAGCUUGCGGACGUUCCUGCCGCCAAACGAAAAGGAGUGAAGAGACCCCAGCCCAAGCUGGACUCCCACAGACUGACAACAGAUAAAGGACUCCCGGCGCUGCGAACGCUUUUUGACAACGUCCGCUUUAAAGGCAAAGGACACGAGGCGGAGGAUGUACGGCUGCUCAUGCAGAAGAUGGAGAACUGGGCCCACAGGUUGUACCCCAAGCUGCAGUUUGAAGAUUUCAUCGACCGAGUGGAGAAGCUGGGCACCAAGAAGGAGGUCCAGACUUGUCUCAAACGGAUACGCCUUGACAUGCCGCUGACGCAGGAAGAUUUUAUUGGAGAAGAGGAGGCUCCUCCUGAAGCUCCCAUCUUUGGAGAGGCGGACCACUUCACCAGUCAGAGCUUCCCCAGCGACCCGCCGGGGCCGAUCCACUCCACCCCGAUGCCCGCCGGACCGCCGGCCCCCUCCCUGACCGAUGAGGAGCGCCAACUCAUGGAGCUGAACAGACGGCGAGCCCUGGAGAGGAGGCUGGCUCGCCAGCAGCACCCGACAGACUCCCAGACGGUUGUCGGUUCGUCAUUGCAAGCGGGCGACUCCUCAGCGGAUGCAUCGCAACCUUUUGUCAACGAGUCCAAAGGUCAAGACGAGGACGACAAGCCGGCCACCAGCAGCUUCAGCUCCCCGCCUCAGCUGUCAAUCAAGAGCUUGUGUGAAAAAGAAGCGCCAGAACCCACCCCGGCAUCCAGCAACAUGCGUGAGAAUGAAAAUGAGGAUGAAUGUUGAGUCCUUUGCUCUCAUUUGUCUCUCAAACCUUUUUUGCUUCUGUCAAGCGUUGGGAGUCGUUUACGUACGACCUGGUUAGCGUCAUUCAUUGCUUCCAAAAGGUCCGCCUUUAACUGAAACGGAUGCUAACUCAGUCAAAUUCAUGUAAAUACAAUUCAGAAAAUGUAUAGUUUUACACCCGGUAAUUAAUUCAAAAUGCAUUUAAAUAAAUGAAUAUUAU